ACACUUCCUCUGCCAGCGUCUCUAAACAUGGUUUAAAGCUCCAUUGUUACUAUAAAUGUUCCAGUGUCAUAAAGGGAAAGACUGAAUACACUCAGUCGCGACACUUCUAGUGAAAAAUAAUUUCCUAGUCGCGUUUGUUCCGCCUGGUUAGGUCCUUCAGUGUGGACGGGCAGCUGUUUCCCGGGGAUCGUUGAUUUAGGCGCAACGUCGUGUGCGUCAACAUAUAAUUCCGUGUUUGGACUUUUAUUUACAAAAUGGAUGAAUAUGAAAGUUGUAAUCUGGAUUACUUCCCAGAGAACAUUUUAAUAGACGUACUCUCAUACUUGAGUGUCAGAGAGCUCGUCAGAGCUGGAAGAGUUUGCAAAAGAUGGAAACGCCUGAUUAAAGACCAAAGACUGUGGAGAACAGUUGAUUUGACUGGAUGGAAAGGAGUGACGUCCCGGAUCCUUUGGGUUCUUCUGCGUCAGUACUUUGGCUGCGGACUGAGGUGUCUCCGCCUGCGUGGUUUGCUGCUCUCUGCUCGAGGAGGCACUUUUCUCUCCGAGUCUUGGCUUAAAGCUUUGUCCACCAAAUGUCCCCGCCUCAGUAAACUCUGUCUUUUGCAUGCUGACCUAAGGAGCUUACCAGGCUGCCAGGUCCUGCCCCGAACUUUGCGGGUGCUGGAGCUGCGUGGCUGUGAGCUGCCUCGUAGCUUUUUUAACCAGACUCUGCCUGCUUCACCUCCCAGACCCCACGAACAAGCCGAAGCCACAUCUAGUGUUGGUGCUAAACAGCAGGGAGGUGCUCAGAAAGGAAAAGGACUAGCUUCACCUUUAGGGAUUGGGGUCGAGCGGUUGGUCCUCAACAACGUCCCUUCCUUUACAGAUCAGCAUCUGCAGAAUCUAGCAUCAUGGGAGAGGCUCAGUCGUCUGGAGUUACGUGACACCUUUCGCGUCACAGCAAACGGACUCAGGAGCUGUGCAGCAAAAGAAGGGCUCUCAGGCCCAGAAGGACUUUCAAGACUAAAAUAUCUCGAAAUAGGGAUUACAGCAAGGCAGGGCUAUCAGUUACAGAUGGCUUCCCUGGGACUGGGGGCUGGGUGGCUUGGUCUGGAGGAGCUGAGUCUUGGUGGGAAGGAGGUGGCAACGGGGUUGCUGUGUGCCAGCCGUCUGAAGGACCUGAAAUGUCUGCACCUGUGGGCCUGCACGCUCAGCGAGCUGCAGAUCGUACGGAGCUGCAGGAUGCUCCGCGGCCUCCGCCAGCUGGAGUUUUUAGAUGUCAUCUUUCAACCUCGGCAGAGUCCCCCUGCAGAAGAAGGACAGGGGCAGGAAGGGGGGGAGGAGCAGCAGAAUGAGGAGGAAGGUCCUGGUGGAGAGAGUAAUGAUGAGAACAGGACGCUUGACGGGGCCGAUCCCUUCCCAGGUCUACGCCGAUCACUGGCCGUCUUGUUGCCGUCCUGCUCGCUGGUUUUUACCAACUGCUCUGUUCAGAUGAAUGCAGACUGAUUCUGCUUAGCAUUUAUUCCCACAGCUUCUCACCAGAAAGUUUUGUCUUACAAGACUAAACACUUCUUUUAAUUCCUCAAUAUGAUACAAAGAAAAAAAAAAACUAGAGCAUUUAUUUUAAUUAUUAAGUAUGUCCUUUAUAUGUUUCUUUAGUUUAAUUAGUAUAAUAUCCUAGCAGUUAUUCAUUCUGUCAUAUGAGCAACUUUCCUCAGAUACUGCAAACACUUUUCUAACAUUUGCACACAACUCUAUAGAGAAAAAUGGAAAAAAAAAAAGAAAUUAUUUUUAAAGAAAAUUUAGAUUAGAUUUUUUUUUAUAGUUAAAAGUUUUAAAGGAUCUGCAAGUUUCCAAUGCUUACUUGAUCCCUUUGCUAAAACUCUACAGAGCGGUGCGUUGCAUGUUAGCUCCUCCAGUAAGAAAAACCUAAAAGAAUAAAUACUGUAUAUUUUUAAUCUUAGCAGAUCACCACCCAGUCAGUUCUGAUAAGAUUAACAUGCAUGAAGAAAUAUGGUUUUUCUCAUGAGGGAAUCAAAAUAAAAAUAAAGGAGAUGUUUAUGCAAGAGAGAAAGCAGAGCAUUGACUGGUUGCCUGUCAACAGACAUGCAGGUGUUUAAAUUCUGAGGAAGCUUGAAGAAACAGUCCACCUGUUUCCUGUUGCCUAACUGCUUUCCAACACAGUCAUAUAUUUUCUCAUGGCUGUUGUGUUAAAAAUGCAAAGCAUAGCAUUUUCACAUGUAUGUAUUUUUUCUCUGAGCCUUAACUGAUAUGAGUUUUAAAGUUCAUGAAAAGAAAAAAAGACAACAAUGUCUGUUUUAUUACCAACUAGAAUCACAGACCAUAUGUUUUAUGAAUCUAAAUGACGUUGGGGUUUAGCAUAAAUCAUGUUAUGGUGACGUAGUCUUUAUUAAAUUCAGAAUCAUGCAUCUUUCUGUCUAUUUAAAAGUGUUCGAUUAGGUGUUGCAAAGCUUUACUUUGAUGGAGACUCCUUUCAAAGGUUGAAUUUUAACUUUAUGUACCGCGCCAAGAAACAGUAUUAGUCUGUUUGCAGAUUUAUUCUAUUGUUUUGUCUCUCUGAAAUAUUUCAGAUCAUGAAACAAAUACUUUGUGAGGGAUCAUGAAUGAAUAUUAUGGUGGAAAGCAGAAAUCCUUUUUACAUCAAUCAAUUUUCCGAUGCACUAAGGGCCCAGGCCAUCAUAUUGCCUCCACUAUGUUUGUUUGAAGGGCUCCUUAUGCGUUUUUGGUUUUGACUUUUGAAAUCAGUGCUUUUGGGACCUCAUACUGCUGGAGAUGUAUUGAAUGUUGUUCUCUGUUCAUAUUUCACCUUCAGGAGUACAUUUGGUACACUGUCUAAUCCUGAUGUUAACAUCUGUUUUCAUGUUUUCUCACUUUUGUUGACAGGAAUUCCAAAGCCUGACAAUAAAUCUACAGUUGAGUCCUGUGUGUGUGUCUGUGUCCUAAUGUGUUAAUCGGGGUUCAUUUGUGAUUUAAGAAGAAGAAGGGUGUUUUUAUUUUACAAAAGGAAAAGGUUAUAUCAGGGAUGUUAUUACUCUGACUUUUUUGUCAGAUUACCUGAAACUAUCAA